ACCACUGCCCAACUCUCUCUUUCCUCCCACAUUCUUCUUAUCCUUCUACUUCUAGCGUUUACCUGAAACUCUUUAUUUUUUCUCUUUUCACGAAAUGGCGGGGGUGCCGGAGGACACUUUUCCGAACUCUAACGUCGAUUCCCGCGAUAUCUCCAUUGAUGAUUCCAAUUCCACUGAUUCUUCAGGUCGUUCAACUGAUAUUCCUGAUAUUGAAAUUGUAGGCGAAGACGAGAAGUAUUCUGAAGCUUCAGGCCUUACUGACAGGACUUUUACUGGACAAAACAUGCACGCUAAAGCAUCAACUACUGCUAUAGAUUCAGGAUCCAAUCAGCUAUCACGAUCUCGGAGACUGAGAGACAGCAAACUAGCUAAAUAUGCAACAAAAUUUUUGGAUGAUAAUGUUCCAUUUAGAAAGAAGAUCAAGUGGUUGAGUCAACUUGCUAAUGUGAAACAUGAUGGGACCGUUCAAUGUAUUGAUAUCCCAACUGAUAUUAAACCACACACACUUGAUUACGUCGUUGACAGCGAAGCUUCAGAGAAAGAGGAUACAGACACAAUAGAUAUCCCAAAUAUACCUCCACUGCAAAUAGUAAUGCUUAUUGUGGGAACACGAGGAGAUGUACAACCAUUUGUUGCUAUCGGAAAACAUUUACAGGCAGAUGGCCAUAGGGUUAGAUUGGCAACACACUCAAAUUUUAAAGAUUUUGUUUUGAAUGCUGGGUUAGAGUUCUUCCCUUUAGGGGGAGAUCCAAAAGUUCUUGCUGGCUAUAUGGUAAAAAAUAAAGGAUUCUUGCCAUCAGAUCCUUCAGAAAUUCCUGUUCAGAGGCAACAAAUGAAGGAAAUAAUAUUCUCGCUUCUUGAUGCAUGCCGGGCCAAUGAUCCUGAGAGUAAUGUGAAAUUUGAUGUAGAUGCAAUAAUUGCCAAUCCUCCAGCAUAUGGACACACACAUGUUGCAGAGGCGCUACAAGUACCCCUUCAUAUAUUCUUCACUAUGCCGUGGACGCCUACUAGUGAAUUUCCCCAUCCUUUAUCUCGUGUUAAACAACAAGUUGGUUACAGGCUUUCAUACCAUAUCGUUGAUGCCCUAAUAUGGCUGGGAAUACGGGACAUGAUAAAUGAGCUCAGGAAGAAAAAACUGAUGCUGAGGCCUGUCACAUAUUUAAGAGGAUCCAUUAGCUCUCCUCCAGAUGUGCCUUAUGGGUAUAUAUGGAGUCCUCACCUUGUUCCCAAACCGAAAGACUGGGGACCAAAGAUUGACGUAGUUGGCUUUUGUUUCCUUGACCUUGCAUCCAGUUAUGAACCGCCAGAGUCGCUUGUUAAAUGGCUCAGAGAUGGUGAUAAGCCUAUCUAUAUUGGGUUCGGUAGUCUUCCUCUUCGGGAACCAGAAAGGAUGACCCAGAUAUUAGUACAAGCUCUGGAGAAAACUGGACAAAGAGGCAUUAUAAACAGAGGCUGGGGUGGUCUUGGCAAUUUGGCAGAACCGCCUGACUUUGUGUAUUUACUGGACAACUGCCCCCAUGACUGGCUAUUCUUACAAUGUUCGGCUGUGGUUCAUCAUGGUGGAGCUGGAACUACCGCUGCUGGUCUUAAAGCCGCGUGUCCAACAACUAUUGUCCCCUUCUUUGGGGACCAACCUUUCUGGGGAGAGCGAGUGCAUGCCAAAGGAGUCGGUCCUGCACCAAUCCCGGUUGAGGAGUUUUCACUUGACAAGCUAGUUGCUGCCAUAAAGUUUAUGAUGGAUCCUGAGGUGAAAAAGCGUGCUGUUGAUUUAGCAAAAGCCAUGGAAGUUGAAGAUGGAGUUGCAGGUGCAGUAAAGGCCUUCUAUAAACAUUUCCCCGUCAAGAACUCGAAGGAGAAAUCUAAAGACAAAUCAGAUUCGACCCAAGUGCAUACAGGAUUACUUUCGAUAAGACGUUGUUUUGGUCAUGCAUAAAAUUUCAAGCUUCAUGUGAUAUCCUGAAGCCAUUGAGUAUUGAUCAUAGCGCCCCCCUCUCCAGUUUGACCAAAAAGUGGGAAAAUAAGAAAAUUUCUGACUUAUUAAAUUGAUAUUGUUUGGGAAUUUGCAGACUAUAUAGCUUGUAAAUGAACAUAAAAACAAACAUUAGCAAAGGUGUAUCCAGUU